UCUCUCUCUCUCUCUCUCUCUCUCUCUCUCCCUCCCACUCUCUGGUCUACUUCUUCCCACUCGCCGUCUCGCCUCUUUCUUCAGUCAAAGUGUGCGGAGCGUGGUGUCGGUCCUGCCUGCUGCUCCCGAAACGAUGUGGAUCUCUGUUGCGCACCGGGACGGAGAGGGGCGCAGCACUGCCCCCCUCCUCCUCCUCCUCCUCCUCCACCACCACCAAACAAAGCCACAGGACAAGUAGGUGGCCUCUGUUGCUACAUGUGACUUUUCGUUUGGGAAUAAUAAAUAAUAGCCAGAUAAUAAAGACGUCAAACGACACCAGUGUCAGCGAUGACGCGCGGGUUGUUUGGUUUUUUGUUUUUUUACGCAGGCAAUAAAAUGACCAAAACUGCAUUAAUCACUUCUACACAAAAAUAUACAAAAAAUCCCUUCUCCUGUGAGUGAAACAAAUCCGAGCUCAUGAGUGAAGUGAAGCUGCAAUGUGUCUUCCACGCUGGAGGCGGAGUGUGGUUAACAAACAUUUCCGUCGCCCGCGCGCGUUUGCCGAAACUUCCUCCGUAAGUUGGUUCGACGCUCAGUGCGCAUCGGCUCGUAGAGCAGGUGAAUCAGAUUUGUUUUUGUUUUUCUUCCGCCUCUGUGAGACUGUAGCGGCUCCUGUGGCUGCAGACAGACACGGCGCUGCGCUCGGUAUUUUAAAUAGCGUCUCCGCCCGGAAGUGAACGCGGCUUUGUGGCCACGCCGCUGACAGCUGCGUCACCGCUGCUCGAGCACGUGACCCACAAACUUUUUUACUUUUUUUUUUUUCAUUCUUUCUUUCAUUCUUACUUACUUUCUUUCUUUCUUCCUUUUUUUUGGGUGGCAAUAUAUUUUCAACCUGUUUUCCAAACUAAUUUCUCUUCCGCCCAAAUGUUUCAUUUGUACGCACAGUGGUUGUGACGAAUUGUAUAUUUUCAAAACUGUGAUUGAAUUAUUCCUCAGAAUGGUUUUCAUGUGGCCAUAAAGGUGGAUUUGAUUUAUCUUCAUAAAGUAAAUCCAGUGCAAUACAGUGCCAAUGCAUAUAUACUUCAAAGCCUCAGUUGUGAUAUUAUUAUUAUUAUUAUUGUUGUUGUUGUUGUUGUUGUUGUUAUUAUUAUUAUUAUUAUUAUUAUUAUCAUUAUUAUUAUUAUUAUCAUUACUACUACACUCAGCUUCAAUAGUUAGAAAUGAUUUAGGGAGAAAACACUGCUCCAUCGUCUGAACAUUUUUUCCCCUCUUGUGAUUCGACUCUGCCCUCUAGUGGUUGAAUGUUGGAGUUACACGGCUUCCCAGUCAUAAAUCAUUGAAUUUGAAUAAUCUUACAUUUAUCAAAGUUUAUGUUGAUUCUCCUUCUUCAUUCCAGUUUGUAUUGUGUCCGUAGCCUAUAUGUCACCAUACGACACUAAAGGGCUUAUACUGGCCGACAUUUUGAUAUUCUUACACAUUUAUUUCAUUCUUGCUUUAGACAUUUAUGUCACCAGCUAUGUAGAAAUAUGUUUGUGGGUUAUUUAUACUGUUUACCCUGAUUAUGUGAGGAUCAAUAAAAAUGAUCUGAAGAGUAUGAUUGACUGAGGGAGUGAGAGAUUUCACAGAGAGAGAGAGAGAGAGAGAGAGAGAGAGAGAGAGAGAGAUUGGGAUUAGGCCUGUGGCUGCAGGGUUGGAUGGGAUUACGCGGCGCCAGACGGCGCGGCGCAAUUCCCGGUGCUGUGCGUCUCUGCCAUGGGGCUUCUCUCCGUCUGCCUGCACUGAUUGAUCACAACCACCGAGGACCAACCAACCAACCAACCAACCACCUCGAGAUCAAUCUGUGCCAGCUCUGUUUGAAAAAACCAUGGCCGACGUCCCCCAACUCGUCAAAAUUGGGAUUUCGCUGAAGAUGCUUCCCAACAACACCGCGGUGCACUUCAAGUCCGACGGCGCGCGCUUCGGGCAGACCCGCACCAUCAAGCUGCUGACCGGCUCCAAGUACAACAUCGAGGUGGUCGUCAAACCAGGGGCGGUCGAGGCCACGUCGAUGAGUGUGGGCGCUGUGACCUUCCCGCUGGAGCAGCAGUCUAAAGACCCUCAGUCCGUCGUCUACUCGGGCCAGUACAACACCGAGGGGGUGUCGCACACCAAGAGUGGAGAGAGGCAACCGGUUCAAAUCAACAUACAGUUCACGGAGGCCGGGCUGUUCGAGACCGUGUGGCAGGUGAAGUACUACAACUACAACAAGAGGGACCACUGCCAGUGGGGGAACAGCUUCAACAGCAUCGAGUACGAGUGCAAACCCAACGACACGCGCACACUCAUGUGGGUCAACAAGGAGACUUUUGUCUGACCGAGGAGCGGCCUGAAAGAUUCAGCGUGUGCAGCAAAAAAACACAAGGUGUGUAAUUGUGUUCACGGAUUUUGCAGUUUCCUUUUCCCUCCUUUUUCUACCAUCACUCAACUCCACUUAUUUUUUUUCCCCCUGCGGCUUUACUGGAUUUUUUUCUCUUUGUCCUAUGGAAAAGAAGAAAAAAAAUGUUUUUUCUUCCUUUAUGCUUUAAACAAUCCAUAAGAUUUACUGCUUAAUCUGACCCUACCAAAUUCAUAUGAAAUGUGAUGAUGCUCUCGGUCUGUGUAUGGUGAUUAUGCAAAUGUGUCAAGAUUAUUGUGAAAAGAUGAAACAUGUAGCACUCCUCAACAACCUACUUAAAGAAAAGUUUUAAUUAUGUACCAAGGAGACUAAUUAAUCAAAUGACAUUUUGAUAUUUCUUCUUCUUCAUGUCCAGUUCAGUCGUGGUAUGUGGUAACCCCCUCAAGUGAAGUGUGCCAGUGUGUUUUGCGACAGUGUGUGUGUGCGUGUUUUGAUAAUUGGUGCUCGUACAGAUGUGUUUAUGUGUAUACUUUUGAAGUCGCAGUGUACUGGUCUACGUGUGAGGAGUUUGUCUCCAGAAUGACGGUCCCGACAUUUUCAGAAAUCCAUGCAAUGCCAGUUUUUAGAAAAACUACUGCUGGCGUGAAAAUUAAGAUAUAAUAAGUCUUAUUAACCAUCAGCUGAGUCAUUUGCUGAGUGGCAUUUUGAAUCAACUGAGCAGGGCGACAUGACCAAAGAAAACCUCUACACAUAAAGUCAAAUAAGCUUAUAUAGUGAAUAUUAUUGAUUACAGGGAUUCUCUACCAGCUACUUUAACAAGUGCAGUAACUUGAACAAGCACCACUUCUUUUCAUGCCAACGAUUGUGUUUGUGUUGCUGCUGCUGCUGCCGCCUUUAAAACCAUUUAAACUUUUGACUGACUCUUAAUGAAGUGGACAAUGCCGCCACUGAUUCAGUUCUCCAAGUCUGAUAGUGACAAGAUAACACACCUGCCUGCUUCACAACAACAACAACAACAACAA